GUUUCGAUUAUGACAAAUGCCAUGACAAACAUAAUCAAAGCUGCUGCUUCUUUCUUUCUUUCUCAUAUUCUUUUCCUGUUCUUCUUUUUCCAUCUCCAUUGCCAAUCAGCUCAAAAUAAUUCAGAACAAAUAAUACCAUCUUACAUCAACAUUGGAAUAAUUGAAGACCCGAAUUCACCCCUUGACGCCAUGACGAGCUCCUGCAUGGAGAUGGCGAUUUCAGAUUUUUAUUCAGCACAUCCAAACUAUACAACGAGGUUGCGAACGCGUACUAGGCGUGCCGAAAGCCUCCUUGAUGCUGAUUUUGCAGUUCUGGAGCUACUGAAGCAGGAACAAGUGCACGGGGUUAUUGGUCCUCAACACUCAACUGAAGAAAAAUUUAUCACAGAACUCGGACAAAAAGUUCAUGUGCCGAUUAUUUCAUUCACAGCAAGAAUCUCGGCUCUUCCCGAUAUAGAGAACCACUACUUUGUUAGGACAGCUAUCGAUGAUGCUGUUCAAACACGGGCUCUAGCAGCCAUUUGUAAAGGAUUUCAGUGGGCAAAAGUUGUGAUUUUAUAUGAAGAGACAGAUUAUGGCUCUCGGUUUAUUUCACAUCUCAAAAGGGCUUUGCAAGAUGUUGAAAUUGGACAAGUACUCCAUCCGGUUGCCGUUCCGGGUUCAGCCAAGAAAAGUCAUCUUCUCAAAGAACUUAGCAUGUUGAACAAAACGCAAACUGGGGUUUUCUUGGUGCACAUGAAUCCUUCACUUGGUUUUCGGUUAUUCACUCUCGCCAAAAUGUCGGGGAUGAUGAGUAAAGGAUAUGCCUGGAUAAUCACGGACAGUAUAUCCAACUUUUUGAAUUCCAUGGAUUCUGUCACUCGUGAUUCGAUGGAAGGAGUUGUGGGGAUAAGGCCUUAUGUACUUCACCUUAAAAAGUUCCAAGAAAGGUGGACAAGAAAUUCUAUGGUUCAAAACAAGAAUAGAGGUCAAGUUAUGGAUUUAAAUGCUUACGGGUUGUGGGCAUACGAUACAAUAACUGCAUUAGCAUUCGCGGUAGAGAAGAUUGGGCCUGUGAAUUCUAGCUUGUUGUACACAAAACUAGCGAAGAACGGAACUAAGCAUGGCCCCUUGAGAAUCUCAUCUUUUGGUCCUCGACUUCUUAGAGAAUUGUCGACCACAAAAUUUAGAGGCUUGAGUGGACACUUUGAACUCGUCGAUGGGAAGUUGAAGGCCUCAGCAUUCGAGAUAUUCAAUGUAAUUGGAACGGGAGAAAGAAGGGUCGGAUUUUGGACUCCUGAUGGGGGAAUAAGAAGACAAUUCAUAAGUUCAUCUGAUCAUGAUAAAGCAAAGACAUACUCAACUUCAACUGCAGAACUAAAGAACAUUGUCUGGCCAGGCGAUUCGACCACACAACCAAAGAGUUGGUCUAUUCUUCCAACAAGAAUCCUGAGAAUUGGAGUUCCCUGUAAACCUGGAUUCAAGGAAUUUGUCAAUGUAACAGAUAUUGAUCCAGCAACCAACCGUACAUAUAAUCCAACUGGAUUUGCAAUAGAUAUAUUCAACGCUAUGUUGAAGUAUCUGCCCUUCGAAAUCAAAUAUCACUUCUACUAUUAUAAUGACACAAGUAAGAGUGAGUGGACUUAUGACGAUAUGCUUCAUGGGAUACCUCGGAAGGAUUUUGACAUGGUAGUUGGGGAUACGACCAUUUGGGCUCCACGAGCUUCAUAUGUUGAUUUUUCGCUACCGUAUUCUGAAUCAGGAGUCGUUCUAUUGGUAAAAAAUAAGAAGGUAUUUGACAUGUGGAUUUUCACUAAGCCGUUGAGGUGGGAUCUCUGGCUAGCAAUCGGUCUCUCCUGUAUAUUCAUGGGGAUAGUUAUUUGGAUUCUGGAACGUCCGGCAGCUAAUAAUCCUAUAACCCCUGGUGAAGAAUCAGUGGUCAUGCCAGAAACUGAGCAACCCGGAAUGACUUAUUUGGCACCUAUUACAGUUCUUGCUUUCCCUGAAAGGAAUAUGGUCACAAAUAAGUGGUCAUUGCUCGUGUUAGUGUGCUGGUUGUUCAUGGCGUUCAUACUAAUGCAGAGCUUCACCGCAAACUUAUCGGCAAUUCUUACAGUCGAUCAACUAAAAUUUGCAUUCUCCGAGGAUUUCUUUUUGGGGUACCACGAGGCUUCCUUCAUGAAAAAGUUUUUGAUAGAGACUCUCAAUAUUAAGGAAUCAAGGCUGAGGGGCUACUCAUCUGUCGAAGGAUUCCACGAUGCGAUGUGUAGAGGAAGCAAGAACGGCGGCAUCGAUGCCAUAUUUGAUGAGAUUCCUUACAUGAAGCUUUUAAUGAAUCGAUAUGAUUCACAAUACAAAACGGUCGGCCCAACUUACAGAACAGAUGGUCUUGGUUUUGCAUUCCCACUUAACUCUCCCUUGACUGCAUAUUUCUCAAGAGCAAUCUUGAAUGUUACUCAAAGUUCAGAGAUGACAACCAUCGAACAGAAAAACUUUGGACCUGGAUACUCUUCCCAGGAUCCGCUCUCUUCAACAAUAUCGCAAGGGACGUCCAGCCUUAACUUCAAGCAAUUUUCAGGCCUCUUCAUUAUUGUAGCAUCAGUCACGAUAUUUGCUUUGAUUUGCUCGCAGAUGCCAACUUUAAGUAAAUUGACUAAUAUUACAAAACAAUUAGUGAACAAGUACUGUUGUAGGACUACAACGGCAGGGAUUAACGUUGAGAGGAAGAUGGCACCAAACAGUGAUCAGGAUGAUGCCGAUGCCACAUGCAUUGAAGUUGUUGAGAUACCUUGGAGUAAUGAGGCCGAUGUUGUUCAAGAUGUAGAGAGAGAGAUCAAAGGAGGAACGUCGUCUACCGAUAAAUAGAACUAAGGUGGGAUCACUAUAUAUGGUGUGUAAUUUUCUGUAAAUUGAUUAUUACGUUCCACAUGAUUCAGGUCUCAGUGUACAUCACUACAAGAAAACAGUUCAAUAGUAAUGGAAAAAAAUUA